CCUGCCCCUCAAUCCUCUAGCGACGCGUCUGGCGACCGCGGAAAUCCACCUUCAAACUCUUGGAAGUCUCGACUAACCUAUGUGCGCCUCUCCGCUAGUGUUACUGCAGGUGUUCUUCCUGAUGGUCCCCGAGGGCGCCCGUCCUCAGCCCUCUUCCCCCCUGCCAGGGACAGUGCCCACUCCUUCGGACCUGGGGCCAGGGUCGCAGGGUGGCACACCUCAGUCCUCGGAGGGGAGUGAAACUCCCUGGCCCGUGCCUGGGAGCUCUACGGUGGGCCCUACUGUCGUGACCCCUUCGGCGCCUGGGAAUAGGACCGCGGACCUCUUCCCGGUCCUGCCGAUCUGUGUCUGUGACUUGACUCCUGGUACCUGCGAUAUAAAUUGCUGCUGCGACAAGGACUGCCAUCUUCUUCAUCCGAGAACAGUUUUCUCCUUCUGCCUUCCAGGCAGCGUCAGGUCUUCAAGUUGGGUGUGUGUGGACAGCUCUCUAAUCUUCAGGAGUAAUUCCCCAUUUCCUUCAAGAGUUUUCAUGGAUCCAAAUGGAAUUACGCAGUUUUGUGUCCAUGUGAACAACUCAAAAUUAAACUAUUUCCAGGAGCUCCAAAAGGUCAAUGCAAGCAACUUCCAGGCCCUGGUUACAGAGUUUGAAGGCAAAUCAUUUACUUCCACAUUCCAAACCCAAUCGCCACCACCUUUUUACAGGGCUGGGGACCCCAUUUUGACUUACUUCUCCAGAUGGUCUGUAAUAAGCUUGCUGAGGCAGCCUGCAGGAGUUGGAGCUGGGGGACUCUGUGCUGAGAGCAAUCCUGCAGGCUUCCUAGAGAGUAAAAGUACAACCUGUGCUCGUUUCUUCAAGGACCUAGCAAACAGCUGCACCUUGGAUCCAGCCCUCAAUGCUGCCUCUUACUAUAACUUCACAGUCUUGAAGGUUCCAAGAGGUAUGACUGAUCUGCAGGAUAUGAAGCUCCAGGUUCCUGUAACACUUGUCACAAAGGCUGGUUCUCCUCUGUUGGCUGGAAACACUUGUCAGAAUGUUGUUUCCCAGGUCACCUAUGAGAUAGAGACCAAUGGGACUUCUGGAAUCCAGAAAGUCUCUGUCAGUUUUGAACAAACCAACCUGACUGUCGAGCCAGGCACUUCCUUACAGCAACACUUCAUCAUUCGCUUCAGGGCUUUCCGACACAGCACAGCUGCUGCUCUUCCUGGUCCUAGAAGUGGAAAUCCCGGCUACAUUGUUGGGAAACCACUCUUGGCUCUAACUGAUGACUUAAGUCACGCAAUGACCCUCUUACAGAGCCAGGGUGAUGGAACGUGCUCUGUUAAGAGACACGAAAUACAAUUUGGAGUGAAUGCAAUGUCUGGGUGCAAGUUCAGGCUAAAAAAGGCGGACUGCAGCCACUUGCAGCAGGAGAUGUAUCAGACUCUUCAUGGAAGGCCCAGGCCAGAGCAUGUCGCCAUCUUUGGUGACGCUGACCCAGCCCAGAAGGGAGGGUGGACCAGGAUCCUCAGCAGGAACUGCAGUGUUUCAGCUAUGCAUUGUACUUCCUGCUGUGUCAUACCAGUUUCCCUGGAGAUCCAGGUAUUAUGGGCGUACAUAGGCCUCCAGUCCAAUCCACAAGCUCAUGUGUCAAGAGCCAGAUUCCUAUACCAGUGCCAGUCCAGACAGGAUUUCCAACAAGUAACAGAAGAAGUAUCUUUGACAACUAUUGUGACAUUUGUGGACAUUACCCAGAAGCCAAACCCUCCACGGGGCCAACCCAGGGUGGACUGGAAACUGCCAUUUGACUUCUUCUUUCCUUUCAGAGUGGCAUUCAGCAAAGGAGUAGACUCUCAAAAAGGUUCAGUCUCUCCCAUCCUUGUCCUGUGUCUCUUACUACUUGGAAUUCUCAGCCUAGAAACUAAGUGAGAAAAGAAGAAUGAGGUUUCAGUUUUCCCUAUGGGAAGUCCUAUGGCAGCCAACUUAUGUUGGCUAAUGACCACAGAGCACUUAGGAUAAUAUAAGACCUAACUGAAGGAAUCUUUGUACAUGAGAGAAGGGAUUUCAGAAAAGCAAUAAAAAUAUUCACCCUAGCUCUUUUCUGAGAACUCUGCAAAAUACACAUGAGAUUCUCCUGUACUUCUCAAACAGUGAAGAACGCAAAGAGCCCUUCGCCUUGUGUUACCUCUGCUAAAGGUUUGCACAACCUUCAUCCGUCUGCUCACAGGCACACUUGGGCCCAGCACCAAAAGGAACAUGUUACUACUGUCCCCCAGUGAACCUAAGAAAAGCUGCCCUCUGGACUUGAAACAAGCUGACUGUUAAGAACAGAAAACUGCUGGCUAUAUAUUUUAUCUGGUUCCUCUCCUCUCCCUGGGACCACACUCUGCCCUAGCAUGAGUGAGGAAAACAAUUCUUUCUACUCAGUUUCCAAAAUGAAUGUGGAAUCCAAGCCCUCUUUGCUACUAGGAAAUGACCCUACCACUCAUUUCUGCUCUUUCCUUCCCACCACUGUGGUCAGGAGAAAUAAAACCGAUUGAGAGCUUUGUUGUACUAAUUCCAGCAGCACACGGAAGUUAACUGACAUGCGUUCUGCCUCGUGUUAUUUUUCUAUAUAUGUGAGGUUUAAAAACGAAGGAAAAAACUUUCAUACAUAGCAUGAUGGAAUUUAAAUCAAGGGAUUUGAGUUCUUUUCCCAGGAUUGAGAAUCUCUGAAGAUCCCAGUUGUGUGGCACGGACAUGAGGAGUGCGUUCAGCAUGAAAGCUGUUUGUUUAGCGUACGGCACCAGCAGCUUCCAAAGGGCAGUGCGGGCCUGGGAGCGUGGUUUGGCCCUACCUGCAUGACCAACUCAGAGUCUAGCUUUCAGAGAAAACUGCUUUAAAAGGUCAUUUCCUAUUACCAUUUCUAGUGGAGAGGAAUUGCUUGGGAAUUAUGAUAGAAAACUUGGAGAGCAGGAAGCAUAAAAAAGUUUUGGCCUAGAGCAGAAUUGCAGAAUUAUGCUAUCCUUGUAAUUAAGGUGAAAUUUUGAUGGAAGAUAAUGUCAUUAUAGCUACUAAUUGACUUAAACUUCUAAAUCCCUUUUAUAAAAAAUAAAUGUAAAUAAUAGGAUGUAAUAGAAUCAUUAACUCCAGUGAAAAUAGUUUUGAGCACUUAUCUCUGAAACAGAAUUGUAAGCCCCUCAACGAGCUGACAGUUGAGAGGGGCAAAAUUGACAUGUGACACAGGAGACACAUUUGUUCAGAGAAAUAAUCGACGUGGGCUAGACUAGUGAGGGCCAAGCUUUGAGAGGUGGUGGGGCUGGAGCUGAGCAUGGCAGAUGGGUAGGACUGGGAGCUGAUGAGGUGAUCCCAGGAGCCAAGGACAACUUGGGUGAAGCCUAGGGGCUCCUGUGGAUCAGAGGGUUGGGAGACUGACGUGACAGUGAGUAGAAACACUGAGUGGGCAAAAUAGGCGCUAAGGUGGAAUAAGAGGAGUGCUCAUUAUAUGGGGACUUGAAAGCCAGGCACAGAAAUUGAGAAAUAGUCUGCUUUUUUCCCACAGCAUGUUAGUGAUCUGAAUCUAAAUUACCUUUUAAUAAAGUAUAUAUUAUAAUAAAUCCUACUUCGUGAACAGAAAAUGCUGAUUGUAAACACCAUCUGUGGUGGGUUUAUCAUUUUGCCCCAUUCCAAAGUACCUCAAAAGUAACUUAUUUCCCUGGAAGAAAGUGGCAGAGUUCUUGUAGCAGUUACUACUCACCUAAGAG